AUGGACCGCAUAGCGCAGCACUACUUUGACCUGGAGUCGCUGCUGGCGCCUUCAAACAUGUUGUGCACGCAGCUGCAGAUGGACGCGGCGCCAGAGCAGCUGCUCGUUGAGCAGCUGCCCGCAGAGCAGCUGCCCGCGGGGAAGCAAGACAAGUGGCGUGCAGCGGAAGAGGGGGGGCGGGCGGGGGCCGAUGACACGGCGAGUGAGGGCGGGUACGCAGGCGACGCGGCCGCGAGCGGCGCGCUCGAGCGGCCUGCAGAAGGCGAGGGGGGAGGGAAGAAACAGCAGGAGGCCAAGGAGGCAGGGGAUGAGAAGCAGCUGGAAGGGCCUGGGGCCGCCGCGCCCGAGCCGGCCAGCGGCGAACGCGGCGACGUGGCAGCUGACGAGGCGGGCGCCAUGGAUGGCUCCGGACCGCCUGCGGUGGGGCGGCGGCCGCCGACCCAGGACGACAGCCCCAUCCCUGCAUGGCUGGCGGGCUCGCAGCCUGACGCGCUCGCCGCCGCCAUGCGGCCGGCCCCGCCCGUCGCACCCAACGACAAGCACAUUGCGGCGGCCGCGGCGACCGAGGAUGCGGCCGCAGCGCCCGUGGCGGCGGGGCGGCCGCGGCGCCAGCAGACGGCGGACGUUAGCCUGGAAGAGCCCCGGUUCUGCUGGCUGGCGGGCGCGCGGCCGGAAGACCUGCGGUCGGAAUCCGGCACAGUCCCCGCACCCAGCAGCACGGCCACGGGCGCCGGCGCGGCUGCUGGCGCGGCUGGCGCCGCGCAGGCGCACACGACGGCGGCGCGGCCGCGGCGGCGGCAGUCGCUCGACGAGCCGUCCACGGCGGCGGGCGGGGCCGAGGGGUCCAGGCAGGGCCGCGCGGCGGCUGGAAGGGCGGCCGGCGGGACGGGCGCCGCGGCGGAGGGCGCCCCCGGCAAGCGCAAGCCGGGGGGCAACGGCGGCGGCGGCGCUGCAGGCGCCGGCAAGAAGUCCAAGGCAGCAGAUCCGCGCCAACGCACACUCCUGGCCUUUGUUGGCCGCACCGCGGGCGACGCCACUGCGGACGACGCCGACAGCGGCGACGAGGCAGGCCGUAGCGGCGGCGGCGGCGGCGGGGAGGGCGCCGGCGACGUCUGUGGCAGCGUUGGCGGCGGGGAAGGCGAAACGGGGGUCAUGGCGGCGGCCAAGGCGCAGGCCAUGAAGUGUGGUGUGUGCGGCACCAAGCGCGGGCUGGACGCGCCGGCCCCGGAGGUGGCCGCCGAGCAACAGGCGGCCGAGGCCCAGGCCGUGGCGUCGCAGCAGCCGGCUGCGGCGGCGCAGCAGCCGAGCCCUGGGAGCGCCGGCGGCGCUGCGGCCCCCGGCAGCAGCAGCCAGGCUGGCGGAAGCGGCCGCGCCCGCGGUCGAGGUCGAAGCAGCGGCGGCGCGGGCGCCGCAGCGGGUGCGGGCGGCAAGGCGCGGAGAGGCAAGGCCGCGCAGGCGACGCCGGCGACGCCGGACAGCGGCGGCUCGGCCGCGGGCGCCGCGCGCCACGCGGCGCAGCAGACGCCGUUUGCGCAGGCCGCAGCGGCGGCGCCUGCGCCGGCGGCAGGAGCUGCUUCGGCCGGGCCCGGCAGCCGGCCGGAAACGGGGACGAAGCAGCGGAAAGGCACGCCCGCGACUGCCACGCCGUUGGUGGCCCGCAAGCGCGCCACCCCCGACUCAGCCUCUAAUGAUGCGGCGGGCCGCAGCAGCGGCGCCAACGGCGGCGGCGGCAGCGGCGCCGGCGCCGCCAAACGAGCGCGGCAGCAGUUGACGCCACCGGCAGUGCCGACCCGCGGCGGCGGCGGCGGCGCCGCCGCAAGGACGCCCGACGGCGCGGGGGCGCCCGCUGCGUGGGGUGCGCCGCGGCGCGACUGGGUGCUGACUGGCUCUGGGCUGUCGGAAGAUGAGAAGGCCCUGCUGCGGAACCUGGCGCACGCCUCGGGCGCGCGGCUGGCGGAGCACUGGGAGCCCGGGGUGACUCACGUGGUGGCGGCCCUCAAUGAACAAGGCCGCGCGCGCCGCACCAUAAAGUACCUGUCUGGCCUGCUGGCGGGCGCCUGGGUGGUCGGCUCGACCUGGGCCGCGGCCAGCCUGGCCGCCGGGGCGCCGGCGCCUGAGGGCGACCACGAGGCGGCGGGGGACACGGCGGGGUUUGAGGGCGGGCCGCGGGAGGGGAGGGAGAUGGCGGCGGCAGCGGCGGAGGGCGGCGGCGGCGGCAGCAGCAGCGGAGGCGCCAGGCUGCUUGAGGGGCUGGAGAUGUAUCUGGCAGGCCCUUUCCCAGCGAAGGACGGCGUGUCAGCCCUGGCGCGCGCCGCCGGCGCCAAGCUGCUCGCCCGCCUGCCGCACGCUGCUGUCGGCAAGCGGCGCUCUAACGCAGCUGCCGAGCAGCCGCAACAGCAGCAGGCCGGACUGGUCAUAGUGGUAGACCCCGACGCACUCGCAGCGACCGGGGGCGCGGCCGCCGGGGCCGCGGCCGCGGCCAGCGCGGCCGCGCUGGGGGCCCCCAUCGUGGGGCUGACCUGGCUCAUGGACUGCGCGAGCAGCCUGACGCGGCGGGGGCUGGAGGGGUAUGCCUACACGCCGGCGUGA